GUCUCGUAGACAGUUCUUCUAAUCUUUCGAGUUCAAGCUCAAACAACAACAAAAGUAAUAUUCAAAACAAUAUUAAAAAAAAGAAAGUAUGGAGUGACCAAAGAAAAAGAAAAAACCUCAAACAUUUCUCUGUACGUUUGUUGUCUUUUGCCGGCGAAAACGGAAACUGUUUCAUGUAAAUGACAAACACAAUAAAAUCCAAUUCGUUUCCUCUUUGAUACUUCAAAAAAAAAAUGGAUGAAGAAACAAUGGCUACUGGACAAAACAGAACAAGUGUGCCAGAGAAUCUGAAGAAACAUCUCGCAGUUUCAGUUCGAAGCAUUCAAUGGAGUUAUGGUAUCUUUUGGUCUGUCUCUUCUUCUCAGUCUGGAGUAUUAGAAUGGGGAGAUGGAUAUUACAAUGGAGAUAUCAAAACGAGGAAGACGAUUCAAGCUUCGGAGAUCAAAGCUGAUCAGCUUGGUUUAAGGAGGAGCGAGCAGCUUAGCGAGCUUUACGAGUCUCUCUCCGUAGCUGAAUCUUCUUCCUCCGGCGCCGCCGCUGGAUCUCAGGUCACUAGAAGAGCUUCCGCCGCCGCUCUCUCGCCGGAAGAUCUCGCCGACACCGAGUGGUACUUCUUGGUUUGUAUGUCAUUCGUCUUCAACAUCGGUGAAGGAAUGCCUGGAAGGACGUUUGCGAACGGUGAACCGAUAUGGUUGUGCAACGCUCAUAUGGCGGAUAGUAAAGUCUUUAGCCGCUCCCUUCUGGCAAAAAGUGCUUCAGUUAAGACAGUGGUUUGCUUCCCGUUUCUUGGAGGAGUCGUUGAGAUUGGUACCACAGAACAUAUUACAGAAGACAUGAACGUAAUACAAUGCGUGAAGACAUCAUUCCUUGAAGCCCCUGAUCCUUACGCUACUAUAUUACCAACAAGAUCCGAUUAUCACAUCGACAACGUUCUCGAUCAGCAACAUAUUCUAGGCGACGAGAUUUACGCGCCUAUGUUCGGCACGGAUCCUUUUCCGACGGCUUCUCCGAGCAGAACUACCAACGGUUUCGAUCCGGAAUAUGAGCAACUAGCAGAAGAUCAUGAUUCGUUCAUGACCGAAAGAAUCACCGGAGGAUUGGACUCACCAGAUGCCAGAGGUGAUGAAACCGCGAACCACGCUGUUUUAGAGAAGAAACGCCGCGAGAAACUUAACGAACGGUUCAUGAUCUUGAGAUCAAUCAUUCCUUCAGUCAACAAGAUCGACAAAGUAUCGAUUCUUGACGAUACGAUAGAGUAUCUUCAAGAACUCGAGAGACGGGUUCAAGAACUAGAAUCUUGCAGAGAAUCAACCGAUACAGAUACGCGUGGGACGAUGACGAUGAAGAGGAAGAAACCAUGCGAUGCAGGGGAAAGAACAUCAGCUAAUUGCACAAACAAUGAAACCGGAAAUGGGAAGAAGGUUUCGGUUAACAAUGGUGGUGAAGCCGAGCCAGCAGACACUGGCUUUACUGGUUUGACCGAUAACUUAAGGAUCGGUUCGUUUGGUAAUGAGGUCGUCAUUGAGCUUAGAUGUGCUUGGAGAGAAGGUGUCUUGCUUGAGAUAAUGGAUGUGAUAAGUGAUCUCAACUUGGAUUCUCAUUCGGUUCAAUCAUCGACCGGAGACGGUUUACUCUGCUUAACCGUCAACUGCAAGCACAAGGGGUCAAAAAUAGCGACACCAGGAAUGAUCAAAGAGGCUCUUCAAAGGGUUGCAUGGAUUUGUUGAAGACUACUUGGUUUAAAUUAGGAAAGGCUCCCCGGUUUGGUUUUCUACUCUUUCGUAUUAAUCUAACCGGGUUUUAGGAAUUCGUGUAAAGACCUUAAUUAUUUUGUGCUGUCUCUUAACGUAGGUGAAGAGGAAAAACAAAAACUACGAGUGUUUUCUUUUGAGGGUAGAUUAUUUUAAUUUAGCGAUGAAUUAAAAAUUUGUAGUAGCUAGUUUAGUUAAAUUUUUAAAGCUAUUUUUGUAGUUAAUCACAUUUUGAAUAUUCAUAUGGUA